UGCCGUAGUUAUUAGAUUAAUUUCCUCUAGAGCUUAAAAUUUGAAAUUAUAUAAAGUGAAUACGCUAUCUUAACAAAUCAUUCUCUAUAGCACCACGCAGAGAUAAAACUUUGGGCGAGGUGCUUAAGGAGUUGCCGAAAAGAAACGUGUUUUUUUUAUUUCCUAUUCCUUGACAAUACCGUCCUCAUUUUCCUUUUUAUAGCAGAAUUUUCUUCACUCAAACAUGUACUCCCUCUAACAUAGUGUUCUACUUAAACUGCUAUCUCAACUCAAUAUUGUAGCAGCUAACUUCAAACUUCAUCAGAGACAAGACAUAUCAUUCACUGUAGGAAAAAUGUCCGAGCCUGGAACCUCUCUAUUGGUGCCUUCAGUCCAGGAGCUUGCAAAGCAACACAUGAUCAAAGUUCCAGAGCAAUAUCUUCAUCCAAAUCAAGAACCUAUUAAUGUUGCACCCAGCACAACCACUUCACUACAAGUCCCAAUCAUUGACCUAAAUAAAUUGUUAUCUGAAGAUGCAAUUGAGCUAGAUAAGCUAAACUCUGCUUGUAAAGAAUGGGGUUUCUUCCAGCUGAUUAAUCAUGGAGUCAAGCCUUCAUUGGUGGAAAAUGUGAAGAUAGGUGUUCAAGAAUUCUUUGGUCUUCCAAUGGAACAGAAGAAGAAAUUUUGGCAAACGCCAGAAGAUAUUGAGGGGUUUGGGCAAUUGUUUGUUGUAUCUGAGGAUCAAAAGUUAGAUUGGGCAGAUUUAUUCUUCAUCAAUACUCUUCCAUCAUAUGCAAGGAAUCCUCGCUUGUUUCCAAACAUUCCUCAACCACUCAGAGAAAAUUUAGAGAGCUAUUGUUUAGAGCUGGAAAGAGUUUUCAAUACAAUGAUUAACUGUAUGGAAAAAGCUCUUGAGAUGGAACCAAAUGAAGUGCUGAAGCUAUUUGAUGUUGUAUCUCAAACAAUGAGGUGGAAUUACUACCCUCCAUGUCCCCAACCUGAAAAUGUGAUUGGAAUAAAUCCUCAUACUGAUGCUGGUGUCUUAACCUUACUUCUCCAAGUCAAUGAAACAGAAGGCCUCCAAAUAAGAAAAGAUGGGAAAUGGGUUCCUGUUACACCCCUCUCCAAUGCUUUUGUCAUCAAUGUAGGAGACAUUAUGGAGAUAUUGACCAAUGGAAUUUAUCGAAGUAUUGAACAUCGAGCAACAAUUAACUCGGAGAAAGAGAGGAUUUCCAUUGCCUCAUUUCACAGGCCUCUUAUGAACAAAGUUAUUGGUCCAACACCAAGCCUUGUUACUCCGGAAAGGCCAGCAUUGUUUAAAACAAUAGCUGUGGAAGAUUUCUACAGGGUAUUCUUUUCACGCCAACUGAAAGGGAAAACAUUGCUUAAUGCUAUGAGGAUCGAGAAUGAGACUGCUUAACACUGGUGGAAUCUGUAAAACAUAAGAGACUUUGUCUAAGGUACUGUAACUGCAAACGGGUCAGGUAGAGUGGUUCACCAGCCAAGCAUCGACGCAUUCGGCGUGGAAAACGUGGCUGCACUUCGGAAUCGAACGCAGCGUUUCAUGGUCGCCGAACUCGUUGAGGCAAACGACGCAUUCCAGCGUGGCCCUUCCGAUUUUGAGGCCCUUCACGGCGGAGUAAACGAAGGUGGGGAAGGAAUCGAUGAUCUCCGGGUCGAGUCCGCGGUGGCGCCAGUUGCUGCCGCCGAUGGGGAACGCGAGGUCGAGUCGCCCUCUUAUCCCACGCUCUGUGCACUAGCGCAUUUAGAUGGAGAGGAAGCCCAGCAUGAAGAACACGACUACCAGGAUCACGAAGACAAUGGCCAUGGACUUGUCGAACUUGAGUCUAAAGAGCACGUUUGGUAGCUGUGCGGUGGCCGGCGGCGGAGGGAGCGUGAGGAGGAGGAGGAUGAGAAGGAUUAGAUCUAACCCAGAUUUUUCUGCCAUGCUUUUAGGGUUUAAGUUUUUUUUUAUAUUUUUAUCUAUCUAUUGUAAAUUACUAAAAGUCCAUGGGUGGACCAAAAAUAAACUUGCCCACCUAGUGGGCACCUUAACACCCUAAUUCAUCAUGUUUAUAACUUGUUGAGUUUGACAAAAAUAAAAUAAAAUAACUUGUUGAGUUUGUAA